GUGAAGUGGAGAAGAGGCAGGUGUUGCGAACGUCCACAACCCAAAGAGCAAAGGGUCCAGGAAGGAGCAUAGCCAGUGGCCAGUGAGGAGCCGCGCGUCUUGGUGAGCAGAGCCUAACGCACGCGGCCAUCUUGCUUCAGACGUCUCGAAGACACCGCAGCCGGCGUUCGAGUGUCAACGAAAUACCGAAUAAAGGGAUGCAGUGAUUGGGAGAUGAAGAUGAAAGCGGGAAUAGAAUGGCUGUCGUUGUUGGCAGUUCUGGUAUUCUUCCCUGAAGCCUGCCACAGUGUCUACCCAACAGGAUGGAUUAUCAGGGGAACACACGGCUAUUACGUCAGAGGAGGCACAGCCUAUAACUUCAGUGACCAAAGGAACUUCUGCAAGGGAGAAGGAGCUAUGCUAGUUGCCGUCACGGAUAGGGAUGUUAGUAAAUACAUAGAUGGCAUCACUGGAACAAACUAUUUUUACACAUCACUGAAGGACUUUCAAACCCUGUCCCCCGACCGUGACUGGCGCUGGCAAGAGUACCAACGGACUCGACUGGGUGUGUACAGUUAUCAACACACCCCUAUAACCGACUAUGUACAUUCUAUAUUCCUAUACCCCCGAACUGGCAUCAAUGACUGUGUGGUGGAACGUAAUGGCAAUGAACUCCAUUCUAUACCCUGCACAAACGCCUACUAUGCCAUAUGCGUUAAGGAACACAGUCCUGAAAUCUGUCCCCAAGGCUACGAUAGCUUAGGAACCGUCUGCAUCUCCACGGGGCAUUACCCAAGGACCUACGACGUAGCCAAGGAAAUCUGUUCAGACCGCUACGGUGCCCUUUUCGAGCCCCGAACAACCUGGGACCUGGACAGUCUAAAGCCGUUUUUAGAAGGGUACAACUGGCUCGAGAACGCAAGGGUGAAUGUCGUCUAUAAGGAUAAUGGAUGGAGGUUCGAAUCCGACGGACAGGAGAUCCAAGCGUCUCUGUGGGGCGAGAACGAACCCAGCAUGGAACUCGACAAACUGUGUGCUAUCUACAAUGCCACUUCAGGAAGACUGUCGUCUGCUCGGUGUACUGAUACACAGCACUACCUCUGCGUUUACAAGCCGAAAGCAAGCUGUCCUCCCGGAUACUUCGACUUUGGCUGGUCUUCCGAAUGCUUCCUCAUUGGUUCUGUGGCCCUGCCUUACGCCUCCGCCGAGACCUACUGCGAGAAUUGGGGAGGCGAAGUGGCCUCUAUCAGGGAAUCAUUGACGAGGGAUAAUAUUCACAACCUCCAGUACUAUGGUUUCAGGCAAGCGACGAACAUCCAGUUGUGGGUGGACCUCAACGAUAGAACGGCUGUAAGAAUCGGGUUUUUGUUUUGUUUAUUUUAUGUUUAUUUAAUUAUUUAGUAUCCUGUAAAAAAGUCAGGGAUUAGGGGUAUCCGAAUUCAUUACGAGGGCCACGUCGAGAAAUUCUGUCAAAGUAAUGAAAAGUUAACAGGAAAUGAGAAAACA